CAACACGGGGUGUAAACACCCACACGGAACAGACAGACUUCAGCUGCAGGACGCUACACAUCAGCUUCAAUAAUUCAAUAACUGUGAAUGGGAAAGCUUGCAUGAUAGCCCCGUUGUUGACUCUUUUAGCUUAGCGGGAUAGAGUCCGGAAUAAAAGCCAGUCUGGUGGUUUCACUGUAACGGGGACGGAGGUGCAUAUCGGCGCUCGUCGGCGACCAUGGCAGCGGCGACCGUUGUGGAGGCUGAUCCGGCGACGAGCGAAGGCGGCGCCGCUUUCCCCGGCGUCCAGAGCCGGGGCUGGGAUGAGUCUCAGCUCCGAAAAUACUCCUUCCCUACCAAGCCUAUUCCCAGACUGUCCCACACAGACCCCCGAGCAGAGAUGCUAAUAAACAACGAGGAACCAGUGGUGUUAACAGACACAAACCUUGUGUAUCCAGCACUCAAAUGGGACAUUGCAUACCUCCAGGAGAACAUUGGAAAUGGAGACUUCUCUGUUUACACCGCACAAAGCCACAAAUUCCUUUACUACGACGAGAAAAAAAUGGCUAAUUUUGAGAACUUCGUCCCCAAGUCACAACGAACGGAAAUGAAAUUCUCUGAAUUUGUGGAUAAAAUGCAUAUAACGGAGGAAAUGGGAGGAGAGGAGAGGGUAUAUCUGCAGCAGACCCUGAAUGACACAGUAGGGAAGAAGAUUGUUGUUGACUUCCUUGGUUUCAACUGGAACUGGAUCAACAAGCAGCAAGCCAAGAGAAACUGGGGACAGCUGACAUCCAACCUGCUGCUCAUAGGCAUGGAGGGAAACGUGACACCAGCACAUUACGAUGAGCAGCAAAACUUCUUUGCACAGAUCAAAGGCAAUAAAAGAUGCAUUCUCUUCCCUCCAGACCAGUUUGAGUGUCUCUAUCCAUACCCUGUGCACCACCCAUGUGACAGACAGAGCCAAGUUGAUUUUGAUAACCCUGAUUAUGAGAAGUUUCCCAAUUUUAAAAAUGUUGUUGGCUAUGAGGCUGUCGUAGGCCCAGGAGACGUGCUCUACAUCCCAAUGUAUUGGUGGCAUCACAUUGAAUCCCUGUUGAAUGGUGGAGUGACGAUCACUGUAAACUUCUGGUACAAAGGUGCCCCAACGCCGAAGAGGAUAGAGUACCCUCUGCGAGCUCAUCAGAAGGUGGCCAUCAUGAGAAAUAUUGAGAAAAUGCUUGGAGAAGCACUUGGAGACCCACAUGAGGUUGGACCUUUACUGAAAACGAUGAUCAAGGGACGAUAUGACCAGGAUCUCAGUUAGAGCUGCACUCUUAAAACUGUUAACUGGACUGCUUUGGAAACUGUUUGCAGUGUUUAAGUGAGACUGCUGCGUACAUUAUGCACAUUAUGACUUUGGAGCUGAGUACGUAUCACUGCAUGGCAAUAAGCCGACAUCUUGAAACCAUUCUGCUUAAGUUGUCUCAGAGUGCCAUGGUCAUUGCAAAUACAUCAAUCACGGAAGAAACAUGUAACUAACUCAUGGGAAUUUGCCCUACUUGAAGAAGUCUUGCUUUUCUUUUGUCUUUGAAAGAGGGCUUGAUUUUGCUUAAAGGGCCAGUGUAUAGGAUUAAGUGGCAUCUUGUGGUUCGGUUGCAUAUUGCAACCAACUGAAUACUCCUCCCUUUUCAAGUGUGUAUGAGAACUUCUGUUGGCCUUCAGGUAACGAAAAAUGCAAAAGGCCCUCUCUAGAGCCAGUGUUAAGUUUGUCCAUUCUGGGUUGCUGUAAAAACAUGGUGGGCUCCGCCUAAGGUGUUAUUUUGCAUCCCACAAUCACAUGAUUAUGGAAAACUCUGGAACAAUGCAAUGAUUGGCUAGUCGUCAUCAUGUCCACGCAUCAAGGUUGAAGGCAGUUAGAGUUAGGGCAAAGAGGUCUUGGUUAGGGCCAUAGGCUGUAUAAAAGAUGAACAAGAUGGUCUCCACUUACUCCCACUAAACAAAAAUGAAGCCAAAAUAUCCUGGAUACAAUCUUCCACUGGUGAUGUCAUUUGGUGCCAGAGUCUGUGCAGUAGGGAUCUCUGCGAUUGAGUUCCUGUCCAUACACCUGUCUGACUAAUUUCUAGCAGCACCACUGACCGGAGCACACCGAUUGGCACAGACUGCUGUCAUUAAUUAUGUCAUUUAUAUAGUAUUAAAUAACUAAUUAAAACCAAACUUAUUAGAAAAAAUGAUAACCUGAGGAUACAACAGUGCAAUAAGAACUAUCUAAAGUGAUAGAAACCAUCUUUGGAAAAAAUAUAUUUGACAUGUACUCUGAUCUUUUAAUUUGGCACAUGUCCCAUUGGCUAACAUGGAGGGGGCAGGGUUUAAUGAUGCAGGAAGCCACCAGGAUGUUUUGGCUUCACUUUUGGAGAGCUUUUAGGUCUUCCAUUUUUAUUACAGAGUGCUGUGGGGGUGACGUUUUUCUGUAGGCCAAUCAGAAAUCUAAUGUUGCCCUGGUUCCCUCGUUAAAAAGCCUAUGGGAUUUUUCCAUUGAAUACCACUUUUAGGGUUUUUGAAGCAUAAACGCAAUCGCCGCAAGUAAAAAGCUAAUGUUAGGCUAAAACAAACUGCACUACAGUCGCGUCGUCUUGUUCAGCGUGGUUUGAUGUGAUCACGCAUUACAUCCCAUUUCUGCCAUGAGAUAAUCCUGCACACUGGUCCUGUAAGUCUAGAAAUAUUUAUGUAAAUCAGUGUUUUGUCAACAUCCCCACUAUUCAAGCUGAAGGGUUUUUGGGUGCAUUCACUUACCCAGUCAGCAGAAGUAGUCUGAGAUCGGUACCUUUGAAACAACCUCAAUAUUUUGACCACUAAUGGAUUAAUCAAGGGGUAUUAUAUAUACACAGCAUUAUCAGCUAAAUACAGGAUGUUUUUGAAAUAAAUGUAAUGACACAGUUGUGGGUUGAAGUGUGGAGUGAUCAUAUUUUAAUCUCCAUCUUUAUCACAGAGACAGCUUUAAAACUGAUCUUGUUCAUACCUCUAAAGAUUACUUUUAAGUGUUUUUGAAAUAUUUAUCAACGUCAUCUGCAUUAUCUCCACGCCUACCUAGGUGGUUUUAGGGAGUGAUCAGCAAGAAUUAUCUGUUGCAAGGAAGAAGACAGCUAUAGGUAAUAAAACACAGAAGUACAGGGAUUUAAAACUCUGAUUAAAUAUGAUCAAAAAUAUGUGUGGGUGUGAGAAAAGGAGGCUCAUCUAGUCAGCUGAAGUAAUACGCGACUGCUUGCGGUUAAACUGUUUUAGCUGAGCGAUGCUGCUUUGUGUUUAUGCUCUUGCUUGUUUGAUUUGUUUGACUGUAUUGAAUGUGCUUUUCUGCAUACCAGCAAUAGGUGAGGGGCCACUGAAAAUAAAUUACAGCAAUUUUUAGUUGCAACUAAAUUUAACUUAAAGAUGUAGAAAGAAAUACAGUAAGUCACUGUGUUAUGGAAACUCCUCAGAGUAAUUAAUGAUAGAUUUAUGUUAAAAAUCAUAUUACAAGAUUUAACUAGUAGGACCAUCUGCUGUAGUGCAACACAAUGUACCAUCUAGUGGUGAAGUUGUAUAGUUACCUGGUUCAUGCAUACUGCUGCAAAACAGAUAUUCAGUAUGCAGUAUUAAAUGCAGCAGAUCUGAGAUAAAAUUAAGCUGAAAUGUGUACAAAAGGCCAGUUGGAAACUUGUACUUUCUCUUAUGAUAACUGUGGAUUUAUAAUCCUCGGAAAGUAUUUAUUACAUCCAGCUGUAUUUUGAAAACUGAAUAAUUUGAAAGAUGGCUGUUUCUGUGCAAGUUUAAUGUGCUCCCCAGAACUAUUGUAAAAAAAAAAAAAAACGUACGUUAAACAAAGGAGCAUCUUGAGCUGUAUUUGCCAAACUAACAUACAAACCGGUAGAUGGGUAUCAACAAAUUCAGAAAUUUUGCCAUGUGACAUUUGACAAAUCAAUAAAAAGUGAAAGACAAAAUAGAAAUAUUGAAGCACUUAAUUCACCAGGAAUAUACAGGUUUUCAGGGGUUUGUCAUGAUUAAGAUUUAACACUUCAGUUGUUAAUAAAGUGUAUAUCUAUUUCUUAGAAAUUGCACAAUGAUGAAACAGAAAUGCUUCCUUGUUAAAAGAAUUCAUCCGGUGUUAGACAGAUGUUUCAUCUCUCUUCUAUUGCUAGGUUAACCCAGUUUACUUUAUGUGCCUUGUUUAUGAUGGCAUGGUACUAAAUGUUGCAAGGACUUGAUUCAUUUUUUAAAAAAUGUUAUGGUCAAAAUGUCUGUUUUCAUUCUGGCAUUAAACAGCUUUAAAGGUGGGAUUAACAAGAGUUUAUAGAGAUAGAGGCGUGUUUUUAUGGAUGGAUGCCUGUUUUUUUGUUUUGUUUUGAAAAUAUAGUAUGUGCUCUCCUGGUUCCUCAAAUUAAAGUUUGUUUGCAAUGUUCCACACCA